AAAGUAGUAGCCUACUAAAAUAUUAUUAGUAGUGUAACAAUAUGUGGUGGGGAUACAGUCCUGCACUGGAUAUACAACAUGAAGUUAAUGAAAGCAAAACUAAUUGUUUAGGUGAGUGUCUCGAAGUAUUAAUUGUAGGUGCUGGUGAUGCAAGACAUAUUGUGAAGACAUUGGCAUCAUCGUAUUUGCAUCAUGACCGUAUUAUUAAAUAUAAUGUAAUUGAAUCAACAUUGGAACAAGUUGGUAGAUCUAUCCUCUUACUAAGUACAUGUUUAGAAAAAAAUUUAGGGUUGCAAGAAGCAACUCGAUAUUACCUGGAAAUAUUUGGAAAUACACUUGUAAGACCAGCAACUGCUAAAUAUUUGAUAAAGCUAUCAAAUAAUUUGGCAGACAUACCAACGGGCACAAUCGAUUGUCCUUGGUUAAGUUUAGAAAAUUUUAAGCAUAAGGAUAAAGAUCGGUUAGAAGCAAUUUUCAAAUUUUGGAAGCGUGCAACAUGUGAAAAUAUUCCCAUCGUAGAAUACUGGGACCAAAGAGUUAGAAAGUCAUUAAACACAAGAUACGAUUAUCGUAAUGGUGUUUUUGACUGGGAUUAUCAUAUUAUUUUGAAAUCUCGUGAUGUCUCAUACUUAACUGUACAAGAAUAUAGAUUUUGGAGAAACAAUGGUAUUGCAUUCACUUGGUUAGAGGGAGAACCUGUUAGAAGCAACCCAACACUAUUAAGUAAUAUAAUACAAUAUGGACCUGGAUUUGUACAUUAUACUUAUUUAGGAGAAAUAACAAAUGGUCCCUUUUUUACAUGGAUCUUAGAAGAAUUAAAACAUAAUCGAAAGUAUAGAGCAACAGAUGUAGCUGAAUAUGAAAUCAUGCAUUGCAUUUAUGAAAUUAAAACCAAAGAACCAUUAUGCGAAGACCUGUUUGCAUCACAUAGAGACCGCUCCAUUUUAAAUAGUACAAUAAUAAGUGAGUCACCAAAUAAUGAAAUGGAACAAGAAUCAUGGAAGAAGGAAGCAACUAAAUACAAAACAGACAAUAUAUUUUGGACAAAUAUUGAAAAUCAUAAGGUCAUUUUUCAUCCUAUAACUUCUAUAGAGACACUCAAAUUCAAGGCAGAUUAUGUCAAUAGAUUCGACUUUCUAUGGGUAGCACAUAACAUGGUCAAACAAUUGCCUAAUCUUAGUCCAUUAUUAAAAAAAGGAGCAAUUGUUUUAAUUGAAUUACAAAAGUAUUUGAUAGAAAUACGAGAAGAAAAAUUACACGACUUUGUAAAGGAACUGAAAGAUAAUGCAAAAAAAUGUGGAUUGCGUGAAAUUGGUGACAUAAAUUCAAAAAAGCAUUGCAUUGCUAAGUUUUGCAAAACUUAAAUAAUUAUA